AUGUUUAACUAAUUGAUUUCCUCAAACUCAACAACUUAGAAACAAGUCUUCAAAAAUAUUUUGCUAGAAAAGUGGGAUUAAAGAUAGUAGAGAUUCAUAUAGACCGAAAUUAUUAUUACAAUUACAUAAGAUAAAUAAAUCACGUACUUUUCUGAUGGAAGAGUAUUGAGAACGUAUAUGACUAUUUAUUUAAAAGUGAAUCGAUCUAAGAAGAUUUCAACGUAUAAGAAAUAUUAGCAAAUAUUGAAUAACUCAAACACCUUUAAUGGUAAGGGGGAUUUGAGCAAAACAACAAAAAAACAGGUAGUGGAUAGCUAAAUGGGAUGGAAAUGCUCUUUAAGAUGUUGGUGGGUACUACUCAAAUGGAUUAAAGGAAGGGUUAUGGAAAGAACCAAUAAAUAAUUAUUAGAAGUAAAUACUAAUUAAAUGAUAAUGAUAAAUAGCAAAGCAUAGGUAUAUGAAAUAGGAAUAUAUGUAAAUGGCAAAAAAAGAGGGACUUGGAUGUAUAUUUACAAUGAUAAAAAGAUGUAUAUAUUUUAUAUAUUAAUAGUAAUGGUGGAUAAUACAAUGAGCAAGGUUAAAGACAUGGUAAAUGGAGAGAAUUAAGUGAUGGAUUUCAUGAGAAAUCUCAAGUCACUUAUGAUGGUGAAUAUAUUAAUGGUUAAAAAGUUGGUAGAUGGGAUAUUUAGUUUCAAGAUUAUUAUGAGAAAAAACUUAAAUUAAUGUAAGAUUAUUAUUAAAUAUUAUGCGGAUUAUUUUAGUGGUGGUGGAUUAUAUAAUGAACGAGGUCAAGGGUAUAAAAAUGGAAGAUCGAUUGAGUUAAGUAACGAAUUUAGAGGGACUUCCUAAAUCACUUUGCAUGGUUAAUAUAAAAAUGGUAAGAAAGUUGGUAGAUGGGAUAUUUAUUGGAAUUUUUAUGGAAAUAAUUAAAAGAUGUAAAUAAAAUAUUAAAUAUUAUAGUGGAGGGGGAUCUUAUGAUGAAGCAGGAAAUGAAAUCAAGAUUAAUGGAUGGAUUGAGUUGAGUAAGGAGUUUACUGAAGAAUAUAAGGUCACAUAUAAAGGUGAAUAUCAAAAUGGUAAAUAGAUUGGUAAAUGGGAUGUGUUGUUUUGCGGAAAAAAAAUGUAGAAUUAUUUUACUAAAUAUUUAUGUUCAUUUGUCUAGUGGUGGCGGAUUAUAUGAUUAAAAUGGUGAUGGGUGUAAAACUGGAAAAUGGAUUGAGUCAUCUGAGUUAUUCAGCGAAAGUUCGUAAUUCACUUAUAGAGGUGAAUAUAAAAAUGGUAAGAAAGUUGGUAGAUGGGAUAUUUUUUAUUUUUAAGAUCUGAUGUAAAUUAUAUCAUAAAAUAUUAUAUUGAACUUUAGUGGUGGAGGAUUUUACGACGAAAGUGGUAAUGGAUGUAAGAUUGGGAGAUGGACUGAGUUAAGCGACGAGACUAAUAAUUUAUCAGCUGUAAAAUAUCUUGGUGAUUAUAAAAAUGGUACUAAAGUGGGUAGAUGGGAUAUUGAAAGGAGUUUAUCAUAAAAAUAAAAGAUGUAAAUUAAUUAUUUUAGAUAUCUUCAGAAUUUUUAGUGGAGGUGGAUCGUAUGAUGAAGUAGGCAUAAAGUUUGGCAAAUGGGUUUAUUUUUGUGACGAUUUUGGUUGUAAUUAUGGCCAUUUGAAUUACAUAUAUGCUGGUGAAUAUAAAGGGGGAAAAAAAGUUGGUAGUUGGAACGUGUUUUAGAGAGGAGAGAAGCCGAUGUAAUAUACAGUAUUGUAAGGAUGAAUAUUAAAAUAUCAUUCUAUUUAGUGGCUGUGGAUAAUAUGAUGAAGCGGGGAAUGAGUGUAAGAUUGGAAGAUGGAUUGAGUUAAGUAACGAAUUUAGAAACACUUCUUAAAUCACUUUUGAUGGUUAAUAUAAAAAUGGUAAAAAAGUUGGUAGAUGGGAUAUCUAAUGGCAUUAUUAAAGAAGUAAUAAAAAUAUGUAAGAUAAUAUUUUUUAAAUAUAACUUUUUGAAAUAUUUUAGUGGUGGUGGAUUAUAUGAUGAGAGUGGUAAUGAGUGUAAGAUUGGGAGAUGGAUUGAGAUAAGCGACGAAUUUGAUGAUUUAUCAUAAGUUACUUAUCAUGGGGAUUAUAGAUGUGGUAAAAAGGUUGGUAGAUGGGAUAUUUGGUAUCAGAAAAAUUAUAAUAAUCUAAAAAAUGAAAAGAUGUAAAAUAGGAUUAAAAUAUUUAAGUGGUGGUGGGUCAUAUGAUGAAUUAGGUAAUGAAUGCAAGACUGGGAAAUGGACUGAAUUGAAUCAUAAAUUUAGAGAUACUUCCUAAAUCACUUAUUUAGGGGAAUACAAGAAUGGCAAGAAAAUAGGUUACUGGGAGACAUAGUUUGAAGAAGAAUAAAUGUACAAAACCUAUUAUGUAUAACUAUUUUAGUGGUGGUGGAUCAUAUGAUGAAGAAGGAGAUACGAUUAAGAUUGGUAAAUGGAUAGAAUUGCACGAUUCUUUUACAGAUACAUUUUAAACUAUUUAUGAAGGAGAGUUUAGGCAUGGUUAAAAAGUAGGUACCUGGAUUCAAAAAAAUAGAGGUGAAGAUCACUUAGAUUUUAGAAAAGUAGACGUGAAAAAAUAUGAUGAUUGA